UGGUAAGUCACCUGUUGUCAUUUUCUGUAUCCUUCUGUGAGGAGCCGUUCAAUGUGUUCUGACACUUCCAUGAAAUAGCGAGACACACAAAUGACAAAUACGGUUAUGUCUGCGACCGAGCGUAAGCCGGUGUUACCGCUAGUCGAUGUUCGAAUUUCUUGAAGUUUAAACUACUGUGACUCAAAUCGUGCGCCUUUGAAAUACCUAGUCACUGCUGAACUGACUACAUGUCAUUUGCAUCAACAUGCAAGGAAAUUUUUUCUAUUGCUAAUACUGAGUUAUGUUUUAGUGUGUCGUACAGGCGUCACUUCUAAUAGUUUGUGUAUAAAUACACAACAGCGACAAUGUUGACUUUUUGGAUACCUCCAUUCCUUUUAGUGGGAAUUGUAGCGUUAGAAGAUCGGCAUCAGUUGCCGAAUGCGGCGUCUGGUGAAUUGUUUUCUGAAGAGCUGCUUAUUAAAUCAUUACCAUCCGGUCAUGUCUACGCUCAGUUCUGCUUUUCAACAUCGCUACACAAUCCCGCAGAGCCGCUAAACUUUUACAGGCUAUUCCCGAUGACUGUUGGCGAACUGCUACAGGCUAAUGCAGUGGAUGAAUUCCAUCUUUCUCUCACCCAAGGCAAAUGGUCACAUGAAAAUUGGGGCUAUCCGGUCAAGGAUCGUCCAGCUGGAGCACUGCUAUGGGCGUGGUUCAAAGAGAAUCCAGAAGAAAAUUGGAAGAAAUUCGCUGCUGCACUUGGUGGCAUUACUUGUUCAUCGCUGAAUUUUAUUGACGACACCAUCACGGCUAUUCCGAAAUACGUAUUUCGUCCGGAGGGGCACCUGAACUCAGUGAAUGCCACCAACUUACGACUAGCCCUCCUACCUGGUGAAGCAGUUUGCACUGAGAAUCUUACGCCCUGGCUCAAACUUUUACCUUGUUCUAAUGCCGGCUUGUCGCAGCUUUUAAAGGCCACGUCGGUCUUUUCUUCACACUUUAUCUCAAUCGGGAUGGACGUCAAGAAAACAUGCUUGGACAAUUCAUGCUCACACACUCGACUUCUACUGCAACAGUAUGUCACUGUUGUGAUGGACCCUACAUUCGGCCCUCGACGACAAGAUUGGAACUUUAUGAUUUUAUUUGGUAAGACGAUAUCAGCGGUUUGCCCCCUUGCCAGCAAGAGCUCGGUUUUAGUAGAUUUGACGCCAAAUGGGGUGAGUGCUGCAAUGACUCUAAGUCCCGAGCCGCACAGACUAGAAAAGGCCGACAGCGAUCGUGAAUUUGCCAUUUACGACAUCAAGAGGCUUUUGCAAGACCAUGGUCAUGCCAACAUAUAUGCUAAAUUUGCAAAAAACCACAUGUAUUGGACGAUUAAGCCUCCACCAAUUACCGUUAAUCGCUACUUGCAAGGAUAUGGACUUGAUCAAGGUGGAAUUCGUGCAAUCAUCAAAAAUAACCACUACACUUUCUUUAACGUCACUUAUUUAGAAAUUAUUCCUUGGUACCUGAGAGUAUACGUCCAUACGUUGACGGUCACGUCAAAUACGAAGCGAAUUUACCCUAAUCGCAUAGUGUUCCAACCCGCAUUGGAUCGAGAAAAACCCUACCAUCUUGAGAUCGGGUUGACACUUGAACCAUACUCGCGUGUGGAAGUUUUCUUCGCGUUUGAGCGCGCUUUCCUUGUCUGGACUGAAUACCCUCCUGAUCCGCAUUUGGGUUUUUACAUAGGAGCUGCUUCACUUACCACUAGGGUGCCCUCCCAGGGCUUGGCAAACUUCACUGGAGAUUUGUCCGCUUCAGAGAAUCUCGAGUUAGCCUUAUUGCAUCGUGGCGACAAAACACGAUAUCUCGUUCUUUUCACUGAGAUUCUUUUAGUAACACUACCAACGCCAGACUUCAGCAUGCCUUAUAACGUUAUCUGCUUCGUGUGUACAGCACUUGCUUUAGCCUUCGGCCCUAUCCAUAACAUUACGACGAAGAAUCUUGUCUUGCAAGACAAAACGCAAAAAAAGGGCUUUAUAUACAAGAUUUUGCAAAAACUUAAGGGAGUAUCAACAAGAAAGGCUAAGAAGGAGUAGUUAGAUUAUAUACAUGUUCAUCUACAUUUAUUCAAUAACAAUUUAUUCAGAUCUUGAGAUUUCGUAGGUGUGCGGAUCUGGAUGGUUGAUUGCUUCUCGACAGUGCGAGGGUUAAUGAUUGUAUAGCUGAGUGACUGGCGGCACAAGUUUUUCCCCAUCAGUCAGUGUACCAUAUAAAAGAGCUAACACUGAGCGUAAAUAUGUAAAAACGCUUAAUUUGUACAUGUAGCAUUGUAGAAACUGAUCCACUGAAGCUACGUCGUAUAUGAAUAUAUAAUGUAAUUUAAUACAAAGUGACGAACACGGAUACACAUAAAUAUAUAUAUAUAUAUAUAAAUAUAUAUAUACACGGUAUGUACCGCCGUAGUAGAAGCUAAACCAGAAAUCAGAAUUAUUUAGUAUUUAGUGUAAGUACUGAGUAGUAACGCUAAACAUUUGGAUAAUGGAUAUCAGUUAUUGGUGAUAUUGGCAGAUGGCUUGUUUUGUGAUGAUAUCUCGUUAGGUAUUUCACGGAUGAUGUAAUUCAUUACUUUGCUAGAAAGAAAUGGUAAAUAAAUUUGCAAAACAGCGGCUCAUAAAAUGUAAAACCGCUUAGCUUUUUACUUCGCGCAUUGGAUAGUUAAGCAACAUAUAACAAUUAAGCAAGCGGCAGCAUGUAUAAAAUGUUAAUAUUUAGAAUUCAAAUAAAGUCAUUUACUUCAUUGAGU